AUGCCAAAGACGGAAUCUACGGAAGUGUCAUUGCCGACUGCAGGUUCUCAGGUUCAAGAGUCCGGUUAUCUGCUGCAGGAAUACUACAAAUAUAAGAAAUAUCAUGAAGAUGAUGAAGACGAUAACAAAGCGUACAAGGAAAAGUUAUUCAAAGGAAUCUCAGUGAUACUUGCCGAUUUGGACGUAAUGUUGUCAGAAACCAAGGGGGAGUAUGCCGCUUCCACUGAAGUCACAAUUGCCGACUUCUAUAUGCUCGAUUUCAUUGACUUCCUGAGGGCGAAUAAACCGGAGUGCUUGGAGUCCUACCCCAGUUUGGCCAGGUGGCGAAAGCAUCUCAUGGCGAAUAAUCAGUCAGUUGCUCGAUUCACCGCCUCUCGAACCUGGCUACUAAUCUAA